AUGAAGAUCAGCAGGCAAGAAAAGGGGCAACUUCGGUCCGACUGGUCCGUCCUCCGCCCUCCUUUUUGUUCUUCGAAUGGAGAGCAGAAAUUCUUUCGAUCUGAUGAACGCCAUGCAUGGGCUGUUCCUGGCGAUGAGGCUCCCAUCACGACCCAGGCCCGUAAGCAGCUGAGCCAAGAAGUUCUGAAACCUUGGCCAUGCCCUGGUCCGAAUGACAUUCAAUGCUGUGUCAAAAAUGAAGAUAUAACUUCCGCGGAACCUAGCACUACACAAAAAACCAAAGAUUCCACGAAGACAACGACGGAGACGCGCGAGACAUCUUCAAAAAUUACUAUUACAUCAGAAUCCUCCGACGAGCCAUCCACGACUUCCUCUACUUCUUCCUCCAGUUCUCCUUCUUCUUCUACUUUGACAUCCUCCUCUCUUUUUUUCUCAACGGUUACAGUGACACCAAGCCCCGUAUCCACUUCAUCCAUUCCUCAAACAAUCUCCUCAACCUCCUUGCUGCCGUCUCAGACGACCACUCAACCAGUCUCCGACUCUAACCGGAAACUAUCCAGCGCCCAACUCGGUGGUAUAGCAGUCGGUUCUAUUGCUGCUGGAUUCGCCCUUAUCCUAUUCAUAAUAUUUAUCCUUAUGCGCAUUGCUCGAGCGAGGCACAACAAGAAGAUUGCCCGAGAGGGUACAUUGUAUCAAACUCAAAUGCCAUCAGAAAUGCCCGAUUCAGGAUUUGGUUCUAACGCAAUUUCGGCUGUUGGUGCAGCAACAAUGAGAUCAAAAAACAGAACGUAUAUGAGAAUGGGCACGGAAUAUGAUAAUGAUAAACACUCGCCAGUCGGCAAUGGGGCUGGCGAAGGAUACGAAUUGGAACCAAGGCCGGCAUAUCGGCCGUUUCGGCCGCAUCAUGCCGAGGCGAUGGUUGAAUUGGACGGUUCACCAACUACAAGAGAGAAAGGUAGAAGACACUGGUAG